ACACACACAUAUGAGAUUGCCGAAUUUAUAAAUGCAGAUAUUGCAGCAUAUAUAGAGAUAUAAACCGAGCACUUGGGUUUUUCUCUUUCUUCUCGUACAUUCAAAACAAGUGAAAGAGCACAUUAUAGCUUAAAGAGCAAACCAUCAUCAUCAUCGUCAUCGUCAUCAAGAGCUCAAACGAAAAAUGGGUUUGAUGAAGAAACUGAGUUUCAUCCUUCUUCUUGUUUCAGCUUCAGCUUUCUCUCUCUCUUUUGCAGGCCGACCAACCAUGUCGAUCCAUAAACCAAUUGAGGAAACAGAAUCGUUGACUUAUCGUCAUCAAGAGGUUGAUGAUGAAACAAGCAUACACGAGAGGCUGCUUAGAAUGAACACAAGGGAUUAUGGAAGCUACAGUCCAUCGCCAAGACUCGUCAGGCCUCCUUUCAAGCUUAUUCCAAACUGAUCUUUGAAAUUCCAUCUACAUAUAUACAUAUAUAUAUAUAUAUAUAUAUAUAUAUCGGUGGAUUAUAUUAUACUAUGUCCAUCCUAAAAAGCUUCCGAUAUAUGGUGAGAUUAUAUAUGUAGUAUAUAUAUAUAGGUAAAUAAAAGGAAGCGAAUGUUGCUAUGUAUAAAUUUUGUCAUAUAUGCAUAUAUGCGACUGCCCAUGUUAUUAUGUGUUUA